AUGCCGAAAAAGCAUACAACGUCGAAUAAAACGAGGAAGAGAAAGGGGAAAGACAUGGAUCAGAUUAUUGAGGAGAUGAGAUCAGAGAAGCAACGGUGUUCCACGACUAAGCACGUAGACCUCAAUCUCGAUUUGCCAGGUGAUGGACAGUUCUACUGUAAUGAAUGUGCUCGAUAUUUUAUCAAUGACAAAUCUCUCAGUAGUCAUAAGUCAAGUAAAGUUCACCGACAGCGAUUAAAACGAUUGCGAGAGCCGGCAUAUACGCAGCGUGAAGCUGAAGAAUCUGUUGGGUUAAAAACUGCAAUCUUUGCUUGA